AGAAAGCUCGACCAGACGACGCUGGUCGGAGCACAACGCUCCUGCUGCUGGCUUUUCCACUUCCAUCGCGCAGUCUUCUGGCCGGACCGGACCGCGGUCUUGCCCUCUAUCAACUACCAAACGCAGUGUGCUUUUCCCCCCCGAAUCGAAUUCGAUUCGAUUUUCCUCUCUGGAAAAUUCGAGGCAACGAAUUUCCAUUCGCCGCCAAUCGGGGAUCGAGCAUUCGGAUUUCGAGCCGACGACACGCGCAAGUGCUUUCUCAAGAUCGUUUUCUCGCUGCAACUCGGUGUACAGGUGUGACAAGUAUACUCGGGAGUGAGCCUCGAUGUGAGGACGGUGCUUUCAUGAGGGAUUAACGAAAAAUCGACGGAGCCGAGAGACAGUAGCGCCAACAUGCGGGAGAAAAGGUGGCUUCUGCUCGCUCUGUACGGAAUCCUAUUAACGAACGCGAUCUCGGCCGAACGAAAGCCCACCAGGCCGAAAUUCAAGAUCGCCACAACUUCAACGUCAACCACUAGCACCACUACCACCAGCAGCACCACCGAGGAGAGCCAUUUGCGCGAGAAUGAAAACGAGGAUACGGAGGCAACCACGACAGUGGCCGCCGAAACGAACGCGACGACCGGACACGUCCUCACGGGAAUCCCGCAGAUCGAUUACAUCUGGGACCCGAAUCUGCCUCGCGAACUGAACGGCUACAAUCUCAGCGAUUAUCCGUUCUACAACAGCAUACCAGAGGACAUCGAUUUCAAAUGCGACGGUCUUCACGACGGGUUUUACGCGAGCGUGCCGCACAAAUGCCAGGUGUACCAUCACUGUCUUUUCGGCACGAGAUACGACUUCCUCUGCGCGAACUUCACAGCCUUCGACCAGAAGACCUUCAUCUGUCACUUCGUCUCCGAGGUCGACUGCGCCAAUUCGAAGAAAUACUGGCACAGGAACGAUGCCCUGUACAAGGCUACUACAACCUCCACGACGUCCACUUCGACGACAACCACGUCGGCACCGGUGGCAGCCGCCGCGGGACGCCAGCAACCGAGAGACAGAGAUCUACCAAGGAGAAGAAGACCGUUUAGAAGACGACCGGCGUACGAUUACUACGACGAGGAGUACUACGACGACGAUUACGGUCGUCCGCGUGGCUACAGCAGGGACGACUACGACUACGACGAUCGAAAAUACAGGAGAGACAGGGAUCGUGACUUCAGAGAUCGAGAUCGUGACUUUCGAGACAGAGACACGCCAAGGUCUAGGGAGGGAGUUCCCAGGGACGACAGAGAUCGUGAGGCGAGUGUGAGGGAUCGUUACCCAGGUAGAAACAACAGGAGGGAUCCUACCAGGGCGAGAGAUCCUCUCGACGAAGACACGAGAGUCAGGCCCAGAGAUCCUGAUCAAGGAUCGAGGUCCGCGUCCAGGGAAGUCGACGACGCGGAAUUGGAAGACCGGCGAACCGAGUUCAGGCUCAGGGACAAUGACGAUCGUCGCUACUCUGACAAAAGGUACAGAGACGAUUACGAGGAUAAAGAAGCUGUUUCUGCGUCUGCAGGUGCAACCGGGAAUUCGGAUGGUUUGGUAAAGCCUGCAGCACCUGUAGCGUCGGUGUACGCAAGACCGAGAGCCCCUCCCAAGAUUCGGAGGCCAGUACCACUCUCUGAACAGGACAAAUACGCUUACAAGUCCACAACCGUUCAAUCGACUGAGGAACCUCGAAGAAGACCGGUAGACAUUGCGGAAGAUGACUACUACGAAGAUGAAUUGGAAGAUCUGAGGCCAAUUCGAAGACCAUUGAGGAGAAGGCCAACUUACAGAGACAGAGACAGAGAUUUCUACGACGUCGUAGACAGGGAUAGGGGCCGACCCUACAGACCUCGAUAUCGGGACGACGAGGACGACCUGCGACCAAGAAAACACCCGGAUCGCUCGAGAGAUCGUUACUACGAUCGAGACAGGGAUCGAGGUGCGGAACGCGGAAGAGAUCGAUCCCUCGACCGUGGAAAAGAUCGUAACGCGGAAAGACCGGUGGUGGAUCGUGAUCGAGGAAGAAUGCAGGACGCUGAUAAACCAGAGAGACAGUACCGACCACAAGACAAAGAACGCGACGCCGAUCGUUCUAGGAUAGGCUCGAGAUCGAAGGAUCUGCAAGAGGCUACAGACUCACCGCCAAGAAGAGGAAGUAGUUACGAUCGAACGGAAAGGACCACUACCACCACCACCACCACGACUACCACUUGUCUGCCCGAACAGCUCAUUCAUAAAGUAGAAUCAACGUCGAAGGAACCUGUCGAUGACAGAGAAACUCUUACCGAGAAGCCAGCCAAGUCAAACGCGCAAAGUCAAACAACGCGAGCGCCGAUCGAGGACGAAGAAGGAUCGUAUCGAACGAACCAGCAGCAGUCGGAUUAUCAGGAGAGGGAUCAGGAUGAAAAACGUGACCGUGGCCAGUAUCAAACCGCGUCGUUGGAAGAAUAUUCGCAGGAUUACUACGACGAACCGGAAGAUCCGCCCGCUCCACCACCGCGAACCACAGUUCGCAUCGUUAAACGUCCCUUCUUGCCAUCCAGAGGUGGAAAUCCCAAUCCAAGAGGCUUGUCUCCGGUCGGUGUGAAAGCUACCACGCCUAAGAGAGAAGAGGACAGGCCAACAGAAAGGACGAACGUUCAGGAGAGACCUAAGAGCUAUUACGUGCACGAGGCAGCGCAGGAGACCCUCAGAGAACCAACCCAAGAACCUAAAACGCAGCAGGUGGAGAAAGAAACUCACGACCCGUAUAAGUUCAAUGUUCAAACUGAGGGUCAACACGAAUAUAACGACGAAUAUGAUACGUCUAUAGCGAGUCCCGCGAUUAGAAGGCCGAAUGAGAGACAGAGGGAAGAAGAAUCGCAGAAAUCUCUGGACGAUGCGUUCGUCAGAGGACCGAAGCAGGAACAGGCAGAAGAUGGACAGAACUUUGAAGAAGCAUUGGCUAAAUGGCCCACCGAAGAGUUUUCGGAUCAGCAGAAUAACGAAGGGAACGUACAAGUGUCGAGCUCGUCGUUUCGGAAUAAAGGAAGGCUAACAGCCAGCGAAAGUCCGAACGUUUAUGGGUCGACGUUUAAGAACGACGAGACCCAGGAACAACCAACCGGGCCUCAAAGUUACAGGGUGAAGCAGAGGAUCAACGAGGUAACCCACAGGCUGCAGGAUAUCCCGGAGAGCGAGUACGACGUCACUUUGAACGACGCAUUGACGCCUACGCUGAAUCAGGAGGCAAAUUUGCCCAGCGGGUUCGUGCUGCCUCUGCACAGACAAAUCGGAAGGGACGCGGUUCUCCAAUCGUCCGAGAACAAUUACAAAGUAUCGAGGCCUAUAAACCAACAACAGCAACAGAAAUCGUUCGUUCCUACUCCUCAAUUUCUGCCAGCGGUGAGCAACGACAGACUGAGAACUGUGUAUUACAGAACACCCGAGGCGAUUCAAAUCAGCGGGGCGCAGUAUAGGUCGCAAAGGGGAUCAUGGCACGAUUACACUGGCUACUGAACGAAAUUCGAAUGACGGGGAAAUAUUUGGAAGAAACCUUCGGAACUAUAGAAUCCGCCUGCUCGGGCAUGAAAUCCAUCACUACGAGUGAAAAUUCAUUUGUACCAACGUCGAUCGAUCAUUUUUGGAGGGGCGGUCUUCUGCAGAAGCUGGCUUCCCUUCGGAAUAAAGGAAUUUAUUAGAUUUUUACUCGCGUGGACAAACUUUUCGACGUCUUUCGUACGAGGGGACAGUACAGCGGAUAGUUUUCGUGUAUUAGAUCUUGAAAGUAGAAAACGAAUAUCUGAAUAAUCAAACUGUCACAUAGAUGCGAGCAAACAAGGAUUGUCUUUUAUCCAACUAAAACAUCAUUGUUCGAAAUAUGUAGUUCUUUAGUAUUAGUUAAAGGCACCUUUUUGAAAACUAUAUUCUAAUUGUUAGAAUACAUUUCUAGGCAUCCAACGGCUACGGUGUAAAUUGCAAACCGUUUCUACUUUCGGCUAAACUUGUAAAUAUGCGCACGAUUAUAUGCCUAACUUUACUAUUCCUUCGGAUUAAAUUAUUACUCUAAGCGCGAUACGCACGUGUAAACGAUUUUCUACGAAAGCACAUUUGUCGUCUCGAUUGUUUUUUUUUUUCGAUAAUAGUAGCGAAUAAGUUUUCUCGAGUAUGCAUUUUACCAUGAAUAUAUUGUAAAUUAAAAAGCUUUGACGCAUGAUAUUAAAUAGCGACAAAAUGAAUAAAUCUAUUUCGUAUCCUAA